AUGGGCAACACUAGCAUCACCGAGGGCAAGACUGCCCUGGCAGUGGGAAGCACCUCCAUAGCCAGGGGGAAAACCACCGUCUCCAUGGGAAAGUCCUCCAUCUUCAGGGGAGUGACCACCACCUCCAUGGGAGAUUCCACCAUCCAAAGGCAAAAGACGACUGUGGCUCUGGGACGGGCCAGCUUCAGCCGGGGAACCACCACCACCUCUUUCCGCAAAGCGCUCAUGUCCAAGCGUAGGACCACCUAG